AUGGCUGAUGAGAACCCGCAAGCGCAGGGUGCGGAAGGCGGAGGCAAGGGCAAGAGCAGCAGUAUGCGUCUCCAGGAACGACAUCAACAACUACGAAAGCGCGGCAGAACACCCCCAUCAGCUUACGCUCGUCGCGACAUGAACGAGACGGCGCAGCAGCACAAUCGCAAUGAAUCAUCAAACAGAUCUCCCUCACCGCUCGCUCCACCGCGCUCUCCAUCGCCCGACGCGCAGGCGCGCAAGCGCAAGCGUCCUGGUGGUGGUGCCCGGAUGGGCUUGGUAGAUCGCGAAACUCUACGUCGGAGACAGGAAGAAAGAGAGCGUUCCCAGCAAGAGGAAGCUAUGCGAUUUUCUCAGAACCGUGGGGUGACUGACAUUGUCCGUCACCACUACAAUGCUGUGCCCCAGCGCGGAAGAGAGUGGCGAAAGACCGAGAGUAAGAUUAAAGGCCUACGAAGCUUCAACAACUGGAUCAAGAGUACCCUCAUUCAGAAGUUCUCACCGGAUGAGGAGUUCGUGGCUAGGUCCAUUGGCACCAAGGACUGGGCGGAUGAAACCGCCCCACCCCCCAUGGAGGAUAAACGUCUUUUAGUUGUAGAUCUGGGGUGUGGUAAGGGGGGUGAUUUGGGCAAAUGGCAACUAGCUCCUCAACCAGUGGACCUCUAUGUUGGCCUCGAUCCAGCCGAGGUUUCUAUCGUCCAAGCGCGCGAGCGUUACAAUGGUAUGCGGACUGGGCGUGGCCCACGGGGGCGACGUGGGCCUCUCUUCCAUGCUGAAUUCGCUCCUAAGGAUUGCUUUGGGGAGUAUCUGGGGGAUGUCCCUAUUGUUCAGCAAGUAGGUAUUGACCCCAAUGCCGGGCCAGGUGGAUCGGUGAUGAGUUCACGCUGGGGCGGCGGUGGUUUCGAUGUGGUAGCUUCUAUGUUCACAAUUCAUUACGCAUUUGAAAGCGAGGAGAAAGCAAGACAGAUGCUGCGCAAUGUAGCUGGGUGUCUGAAGAAGGGUGGCCGAUUCUUGGGAGUUUGCCCCAAUUCGGACAUCAUCAGUGCACGAGUGGCGGAGAUGAACGCGAAGCGAAAGGAACGUGAGACUGCAGCGAAAAAGGAGGAGGCAGAGCCCGAGGACGGUGAGGUUGAAGAGGACGAUAACAAGAUUGAAUGGGGCAAUUCGAUCUACAGAGUUCGAUUUUCGGGCGAUACACCUGAAGAUGGAAUCUUCCGACCUCCUUUCGGAUGGAAGUACAGCUAUUUCAUGGAAGAGGCUGUAGAGGAAAUCCCCGAGUAUGUUGUGCCAUGGGAAGCUUUUCGAGCAUUAACGGAGGAUUACAACCUCGAGCUCCAGUAUCGGAAACCGUUCCUGGAAGUCUGGAAAGACGAGAAAGACGAUCAAGAGCUGGGACCCCUAAGUGAACGCAUGGGUGUUAGAGAUCGAAACACUGGCGCCCUGCUCAUGACCGAAGAAGAGAAGGAGGCAGCUAGUUUCUACCACGCAUUCUGCUUCUACAAGGUCUAG